UUUUGCUACCCACCUGAAAAGUUUGCUAGAUUAGCAGCUAGAGUUAGGUCAUAUUUUACCUACCAUGAACCAACCGCAAGGCUCCAACUCGCCAUACUUUCUUAGACCACGUAACGCAAACCUCUUGCCCCUGUCCCCGGCAAUUCAAGCGGAACCAUCAGCUCUGGCACUAUCCAAGCUUCCCAAACCACUUCGAAAACCGUUCAAAGAUAUCAUUCCAGACACUAGACUGGAUGGCUGGACCCGCACUAUACACGUAUAUCCUGCAGCGUACCCUCGUUCACGGGAUGGAUCAUCAGUUCAUAAUGCUGUUCUUCCCACAUACCCAAAGUCUCUCAAUGUCGAGGAAAUUAGUAAAGACAUAAGAAAUCGAAACGUAACAGCUCAAAUGAGGGUGGAGGGUAGCCAGGUUGAUGAGCCUCAACUUUUCAUAGCAGUUGCUCGCUAUUUUGUCGAAUCGGACUCGGGAGAGAGCAAAAAUGUUUCUGCCGAUGAAGACGAUCCUAUUACUUUGAUACUAGUCCAUGCGAAUGGCCUCCAUAAAGAGACCUGGGAGCCAAUGCUGGCACAUUUGCUGGUAUCCCCAGCUGCUAAGAAAGUCCAGGAAAUAUGGGCCAUUGAUAGUGCCCAGUAUGGUGAUAGUGCUAUCCUCAAUCGCUCUAAUCUUGGGCUGAUCGUUGAUUUAGCGGAUUGGGCACGCGAUGUGCUCAACUUUAUUUUUUCUUAUUUACCCGACCAAAGUUCUUCCCGGUCGACCAUACCGACUGUUUUGCCUCAACUUGAAUGCCCAAAUAGUUCCUUUUUCCGACUGGACAAGUCAUCCUCCCCACCGAGACCUCAGUCUAUCAACUGGCGCAAUCGUAAAUUGGGACUCAUCGGACAUUCCAUGGGUGGCACAUCUGCAACGUUGGCAGCAACUUCAAUUCCCGAAAUUUUCCAUCAUGUGAUCCUUGUGGACCCAGCCAUGGCACCCUUUGAAAAUUUACAUUUACAAUUACCAAAUUACAACGUCGAGGACCACUCAGUCUUUGGGAUCCCCAAGCUUUGCAUCGAUACGUCAAAUACGCUUUAG